AUCUUAAAUAGAACAUUAUUAUUCAUGUCCUUUGGAUAUAAGUCUUGUAACUCUUUUGUAAAUUUCAAAACUUUACACUCUUUUCAUAAAUCAUUUUUGGUUGCAUACGUGAUGUCGAAUUCAGACAGAAGAAGUAACCAUCUCGCGGUUCAUUCAAGUAUGCUAGUUAUAGCAAUCCUUCAAUUACUACUCCUAAAUAUUGUUAAAGCCUAUGGCUCCACAUUUCAAGAAUUACCAUCUUCACAAGAUGAAGCAAACAAUUUCAAGCCAAGUAUAGCUGUUGUUAUUGGUAUUCUCUCCAUCAUGUUUUCCUUAACAUUUCUUCUACUCCUUUACGCUAAAUUCUGUCGUAGAUCACCUCUUCCUCUCCAAAACGCAAUGCAAAUUGAUCAAUAUGGACUAACAACGCUCCCAAUGGAACGAGUUUCCUCAGGUAUAGAUAAAACUAUCAUAGAAUCACUCCCUUUUUUCAGAUUUUCGUUGCUUAAAGGCUCGAGAGAAGGCCUAGAAUGCGCGGUUUGUUUAUCAAGAUUCGAAGAUGUUGAAGUCCUUCGAUUACUCCCAAAAUGCAAACAUGCAUUUCACAUCAAUUGUAUUGAUCAAUGGCUCGAAAAACAUUCGAGUUGUCCUCUAUGUAGACAUAAAGUCAGUGCUGAGGACAAUUCAUUGUUAACAUAUUCAAAUAGUUUUCGAUUUUUAUUAAGGAAUCAAUCUGAGCUAAGAGAGGAUUCCAAUUUGGAACUUUAUGUGCAAAGAGAAGAAAAUUGUCAAAUUGGUAUAAACAAAUCAUCAAGAUUCAGUAUUGGCAGCAUGAGUUUCAAGAAAUCCGAAAAGGGUGUUAGAGAUGAUGAAAUACCAAUUCAAGAAAACAGUUUUCUUGAUCAAACAGAGGAAAAACAGAACAUAAUUGAUCAUGAUAUGUUGCACAAGUUCAAUCAUAGGAUUGUUGUGUCUGAUGUUGUCUUAAAACAUCGAUGGAGCAACGUCAGUUCUUCGGAUUUCAUGUUCUUGAAUACUCAAAUGAUCAAUGACAUGACGAGCAAUAGAUUUUUUUCUUCAUCAGAUUCAAGAACCAACAAUUUAGAAAGUACAUCAAAUGUGUUGAGACAAAAUGGGAAGAGGACUAUGUCUGAGAUUUUGAUUUGUCCAAGAUUUGAUGAUUUCAAUACUAGGAAUUGUAAUAGAGACAAUUCUAUUACUUGUGUUGUGGAAAAAAGGAGGAAACUUUGGCUUCCAAUUGCAAGAAGAACAGUUCAAUGGUUUGCAAAUAGAGAAAAAAGAUCAUACUUAUUUGGAAACCCAGCGAAAAGGGAAGGCUCGGGUCUCGGAGUAAUUGCAUGAUUAUUUAAGGCAAGUGAAUUUCUAAACCUCAGUUUAAGCUUAUAGAUGCUUGUGUUUCUGUGUUAUGUGUACUAGGAAAUAAUGAGAAUUAGACUGGAUUAUUGACUAUAUGAUUGACCUUAAAAAAAAAUGGAGAUGAGGGGUAAAAAAAAAAUGGUGAUCUAAUGACAUGUAUUGGUGGAAUUGAUAUGUUAUGAUUGUGGAUUUAUUUUGGACAUGUGAAAUGACUAUGUUGAUGUGAGAUAGGAAAAAUUAUGGUUGUUGUCAUAUUAUUAUCGUGAAUUAUAUGAACAUGAAUUGAUUGCAUUGGUUCUGACAUAUUGUGUUGAGAUUGAAAAUGAUAUGAAACAAAGGGGUCGGGCCACACGCUCCAUGGCAGGUAUUAUGAAACAAAGGGGUCGGGCCACACGCUCCGUGGCAGGUAUUAUGAAAUAAAGGGGUCGGACCACACGCUCCGUGGCAGGAUAUAUGUAUUGAGGGGUCGGGCCACACGCUCCGUGGCAGGUUACAUGGACAGAAAUGUCCCCCAUGGGUUCCGGACUGUGAUUCAGCGGAUGUGUACCGAUAGGACAGACAUGCAUCAUUUCAUUGCACUGCAUUGCACCUUUCUGAUAUUUGUGUCUUUGUGCUUACCCCCAUAUUGCUCUGUGUGCUGAACUUGACUUGAUAUGAUUCAUUGACGAGACUAUUGAUGAGUAUUUGUGGACUAUAUUACUGUUGUUAUCGCACAAGUGUAGAGUUGGACUGGUUUUAUGCAGGUUGUAGUUAAGGAGGUUCGGUUGGGAGGACAGGAGUACUUGUAUCUAUUAAGCUUUGCUUAGUUUUAGUUAUCCACUUGCUGAGUA